AUGUCAGAUCAAAGUCAACAUAUCGAAUACCUCCAGCAGGCUCUACUCGAGGCCCGUAAAUCGCCUCCAAAGCCCACAAACUUCCGCGUCGGCUGCGUCAUCGUUUCCUACGAGCAGCUAACUGCCCCAAGGAUUCUGGCAUCGGGAUAUACUCUCGAACUUCCCGGAAACACACACGCGGAACAGUGCGCAUUGCUGAAGCUCGCUGCUUUCCACUCUUCGGAAGAAUCAGACCUGCCGAAAAUUUUGACACCAUCACUCAACGUCACACUGUACACCACGCUUGAGCCGUGUGGGAAACGUCUGUCUGGCAACUUACCUUGUGUUCAACGUAUCAUUGCUACCAGACAGCAAUCCCCGAACGCAGGUGUACGAAAGGUCAUCUUUGGAGCCAAGGAGCCCGGGACGUUCGUUCAGGAUAGUCAGUCCUGUCGCCUACUGACAGAAGCGGGCAUCGAUUGGGAGUAUCUUCCUACCUUGGAGGAAGAGAUCUUGAAGGUGGCGAUGGAAGGACAUGACAAGAAGCCAGACUCUGAACGUUCUUCUAAUGACGUGCCGCCCCAAAAAGGGCAGCAGCAGGAAACCGAAGGCACGAAUGUUGACGCUAUCGGUCCGGAGGAACGAAAACGCCAAGAGGAGCAGCCGCGGAAUCCCAAGAAACGAAUGAUGGAGAUAUAG